AUUCUCUCUCUCUCUCUCUCUCUCUCUCUCUCUCUCUCUCUCUCUCUCUCUCUCUCUCUCUCUCUCUCUCUCUCUCUCUUUCUCCUCAUACGCGUACAGUUUUCCAGCAAUUUGAGGCAGAGUUAGGAGUGAGAACACAAGGUUAGAAGACAGCUAACAGGACUCGGGAGACUUCAUCACAUCAAGAAGACUUGGAUGUUGUAAUCAGGCUCUACAGAGUGAGGCAGAGCAGAGAGAGGAGAUUUAUCAGCAGCACGGACAGCGGACCUGUGUGCAGCCAGACAGGUUGAGGUGGACCAGGUCGUGGCAGCCCUUCCCUGUGUCUGUACUUCAGCUUGGACAGUCAUUCCAAAGAACCCCCCUCGCUCCAAGUGCUCCCCAGCUGGAGAGGCCGCUCCAGGGUCCAGUAUGCACCUCACCUCCUCCAUCCUCUGGGCCGUGGUGGUCCUGCUCCUGUUGUCGAUGGCUGAGAUGAGAAGAGCCGGACGGGGCAAAGGACUCAAAGGAGUGAGGAAUGGCUUGGCACGGGACAGGUGGCGAGGCAACAGGCGCCAUGGCAGAUCCGACGCUGCCAGGUUACUUCCCCCGAACUGCACAGAGUCCCUGCAAUCCAGGGACGUCUUUCUGGACUGCCAGGAGCGCGGCCUGAUCUCCAUCCCUAGCUCCAGAAGCUGGUCCAAGGAGCCCAAGCAUCUUCUCCUGGCCCGCAACCGGAUACGUAUCCUACGCGACGGGGCCUUCGCCGGCUUUGAGGGUCUCAAGAGUCUGGACCUGCAGCAGAACCAGAUCUCCGUGGUGGAGGAAGAGGCCUUCCGGGGCCUGUGGCGCCUCAAGACGCUGCUCCUGCAGCACAACAAGCUGGCCAUGGUGAGCGAGGAGGCCCUGAUCCCCAUGCCCAACCUGCAGUACCUGCGUCUCUACGACAACCCCUGGAACUGUGGCUGCACGCUAGAAAGCCUCGUACAGACCCUGCAGGUCCCAAGCAACCGUCACCUAGCCAACCACGCCAGGUGUACAGAGCCGCUCAGGUUGAAAGGCAAGAAGCUGAAGCAGGUUGAUACUGAGUUUCUGUGCCAGGACUCGGACCAGGGCCCCCAGGACGAUCAGACGGACCCCUCUGAGCCUGGAAAACCCAGCGGGAUCCAAGGCAAGCCGGACGCCACCGUCUCCUGCCACGCCUACCUCUACCCAGAGCCACGGCUGGACUGCAGUCGGAGAGAUUUGACCGAGGUUCCAAGUGGUAUUCCGGAUUAUAUCGUUCAUAUGGACCUGUCUCAUAAUUCCAUUCGUCAGCUACGAGCCAGAGAUUUCCAUGAAGCCCGGAGCUUGAGAACAUUAAACCUCAAGGACAAUGACCUGGAGCACAUGGAAAAGGGCUCUCUGUCAGGCCUGCUCCACCUUCAUGAGAUGGAUCUGUCCGACAACAACUUGCACUUUGUUCAGCAUGGCGUCCUGGAAGACCUUUACUUCCUGUCCCUGCUGAAGCUGGGAGGAAACCCCUGGGUGUGCAACUACAGCAUCCACUACAUGGUGUACUGGCUGCGUCUGCACCCUGGGGUGAGGAUGUCUGGCCUGCAAUGCCGUUCUCCUGUGCAGCACAUGGGGGAGCGGGUGGAGAAGUACGUGGACUCCUAUUACCGCGGGUGCCCAAAGGAGGCGCAGCGCAGCCAGGUGGAGCACGAGGAGCUGGGGGACACGGACCCUGAGCUGUGGGAGAGCCUCCUUGAGGUGCAGGGGACUCUGGAGGAGAACCCGGAGCCCAGCCACCUCAGAGGGCCCCAGAAGUACCAGAUCAUCAGACUGUCCUGACUCCACUGAACAUCCAACCUCCACUAUCUAUAUUAACCCCCCUCACACAAGCAAUACAAUCAGUCUGUAUCAGAUGGAGAAACCGACCUUUAGAAUGAUCUAUAGUUGAUGAUCCUUAUAACUUCAUUGCAAAUAUACAAAUGAAAAAUUAACUUUUUGACUAUUAGAUAGUUGCUUGAUAACAUAGAUAUUUACAAUUUGCUGGGAUAAAUCACUUGGAUAUAGGGACUACACAUGAAACCGGUGCAUCUGUUGCACAGAAUACUCACUGAUGCAUGUCAAGCUAAGCCAGGUAAGGGACGUGCAGCCGCGUAGGUUGAGGUUGGUGACAAAGGGCCGGUACUUCUGUAGAAUCUCCUUGACCGUCAGGUCAGUGAUCCAGUCUUUUUCUACAGAGAAGUUUACCUGCCAGAGUCAGAGACAUUAGGAGAAAUCCUCAACACUUGUGUAGUCCGUAUGUGUUCCUGCGGUUCAGUGUCAUGGGUGAGGACCGCAUACAGAGAUGAAAGGGGAAAAUGUAGGCCUACCCGACUCCACAGAUGCCCCGACUGUGUGAUGGCUCUCCACGUACUGCACACUAGCUCACAUUUCAGCAGGUCUCGCAACUCUAAAUACUGGAAGAUCUGAAAGCACACAGACCUACUCAUGGAUUUGAUCUAUUCCUCACUGAACAGCAUUCUGUUUCUUUAGUAACCAACGUGAUAAAAUUGGUUACUAUCACGUUGGUUACUAAUGAUAAGCAUUAAAAAAGCUUAUCAUUUUUUAAUUAUAAGCUUUAUUAUCAUUAAAAAAAUACUUCCAGCAAUUAAUUAUUUGAUGUGCAUUUUGGGCGUUGUGUAGAAUUACAACUGUACCCGAACUGCUCUCUUGAAGUGAACAAUGCUGUUUGACAUACGGAUUGAUUUGAGUCUUUGUGGUACAGCUAUGCCUUUUGGACAUAUCCGGUACUUAUCAGUUAACCCAUGAAAAAGACGAAAUUACUUUUUUGAUUUUAAAAAAUGUUUUUCAAAAUCCUGCGUACUUUAUAAGUUAUAGAGCACAUAUCCCUUGUUUAUUAAGAAAGGUUAUUGAGAGAAAUUGUGCUAUGGCAUGUUUACAAGAUUCCAUAGCACUUAAGACGUAUGUGUUGUUAUGACUAUUAUAAUUGCAAACAUACUAUAAUUGUUGUGACGCAUGAAGAUACACGGCAGAUCAGUCACAUGUUGAACUUAAUGAUUAUUUACAUAUCAGUGCACACAAAAACUCAACAAUGUAAACAGCAGAAGUAAGUAAACUACGACUACUAUACUAGUCGUAGUUUAAAAAGAAAAAAACCUGUAGGGUCCUGGAGCUGAACAUGUGGUAUUAACUAAAGAAAGAGCUUUCCGUAAACAUACACCCCUGGAAUGGCAAUGUCAGAUAUGAUAUAUAUGGCCAUAAUGAGAUGGGAAUGGCUUUAAUCAGCAGUCCUGGAACUGAAACAGAGUGUUUACAGCGCACUGUAGUCUUAUGCAACACACAUGACCUCAUCGCUGACUGCCUGUAGGGCACGGGAGACAUCCUGGGCCCCUGUACAGUCGGAGCCCUCGUUACUUUAAAGACAACAUGAAAAAUUACUUGUUAAUGCUAGUUUUUUAACCAAACAUUUCAAAAUAAAAACUAGGGGGGAAAUAAAGAAGAUUGUACUA